GUGGAGCGUCUUUCGCUGCUAAGCAACUAGCCAACCAUAUCAUAUGAAACUGCUCUGAGGGUGAAGAGACGCAGUGUCAGCUUAUCUGAUUGGUCCGUAAAACACCACUGACAAAUCAGCACCGAGAUUGUUAGUCUUGGAAGUGUAUGUUUGGUAUUUCGGUUUGAAAAGAUGUCGCUCAAUCGGGGCAUCGGCAGUGUUCAGUACCUGAAAAAAAGGAUACCGAAAAACGAAAAGUAUCAACAUGUCAAAACAAGGCUGGACACAGGAUGCAGCCUCACAAAGUAUAUGGAAAGACUGGAGGAGAUUAAAAAAAGUGAAUUAUAGGUAUCGAAAAGAUGAAAUCUUCAAGCGGUUAAAAGUGACAACGUUUGCACAAUUGAUACUUCAGGUAGCCUCCGUAUCAGACCUAAAUGAAAGUGAAAUUGACGGAGAAUCACACGGCCCGGAAGACAGCCUGUCGAUGGUGUCUGAUGCAGACCUAGAGUGUCUGUCUGAACACACCAAUGGCUCCCCAAGGCUUCUUUCAGAUCGUCCUGAUACAGGAGACGCCAGGGAAAUCUGCCACUCUGCCAGGUCCACACUGUUAAGUGUUAUUAGUGGUGUGGGAGAGCUGAACGUCAACAGGAACCAUCAGAAGAUGGAGAAUGAGUCGGUGUCCAGCCCCGAGGUAGCUGACAGGCCGUACCCCGACUGCCCCUACCUGCUGCUGGACGUACGGGACCGUGACCUAUACGACCGCUGCCACAUCAUCAGCUCACACAGUUUCCCCAUCGCCAUGCUAUCUCGAACAAUGAACCCCUACACCAAAGACGUGCUGGGAUAUAAAAAUACAGCGGGGAAGAUCAUCAUUGUGUAUGAUGAGGACGAGAGAAUAGCCAGCCAGGCAGCCACAGUCAUGUGUGAACGAGGAUUUGAGAAUCUGUUUCUGCUGUCUGGAGGUCUCAAGGUAAUCGCCCAGAAGUUUCCAGAAGGGCUGACGACGGGCUGCAUCCCAACCUCGUGCCUGUCUUCUCCCACACCUAAGGGGAAGAAGAUCUCCGGGCCGCAGGAGCAGCCGUCACAAGUGGCAGAGAAGAGGUGGCGGUUCACAUCAGACGAGCUGGCCAAGAUCCAGGAGCAGCUGGAGGAGAUACUCAUCCCCAGUAACUCCAACAGCCGCAUGUCCAGCCGCGUGUCGUCCAGCAGCUCCCAGUCUCAAGCGUCCAGCGCUCGGAGUCGAGACGGUUCCUCUACAGCUGGGAGGGACAGCGCCAGGGCUCAGAGCAGUAGACCCUGGAAAUAACACCACCCCUCCUUCAACCACACAGACAUUCCCAAACAAACAUACCUCCAACACAAAGUAAUUUAUUUCACAAUGCAUUACCCCUCACCACAACAGUAAGAAACACAAUUUGUUUGUCCCAGUGUGCAAAAUAAUCCUCUUAAGAUACAGUCACAGGUGGACAGGAAACACAUCACCUAGUAUAUUACAGCAAAUUGGAUACAUAUACAUGUAUGUUUUAAUACAUUCAUUACAUGUUUGUGACACCCCUCCUCUAA